AUGCUACACUCCAUCGUCGACUUCCAUCACCCCAUCAAGGCGCCGCACGACCAUGACCCGCACGACGACGGCGACAUCGCCCUCACGGAGCCACCAGGGGCGCCAACCAACAGCAGAAACUGGGUGGCCAGCCCGGAUGGCAUGGCUACCUGGCUCUUUGUUGCGAGUCCCCAGCCGGGACUCAUCGACAUUCUUACCGGGGCCGUGAAGCCCUUACCUCCCUUACCAGACGAUGAAAGCAUGUUCAUGGGAAAUUUGCGCGGCGUCGUCUACCCAGAUGGUACUGUUUUUCUCUACAACUUUAUUAACAGCUUCCCCUCACACUCCUUUACGGCGGCUAUGCUGUGCCCGGGCAGUGCGACAUGGACGGUCAUGACAAAGAGGCUGAAAUUGUUUGCACAACCCUAUGCCAUGUAUCAUGAUAGCAAGGUCCUAGUGUUCGAUGGAGAUUCUAUGUGGUGCUUCAUGAUGACGAAGGACUUCGAAGGCAACACCAGUGAUGUUAACGGCGACGAUCUCGAGUCGAGGUGGGUUCUAGGCGAGGAUAUAAGUUAUCUUCAUGAAAGCAGCUACAUCUUGGAGUCACACGGUGAGUUGUUGUUGGCAUCUGUCAUGGUGAAACGGUCUUUGAGUGGUUACGGUUGCAGCAAUCCGGCGCGCAUGCUGCGGGUGACAUUGCGCACGAUGCGGAAAGAACCAGCCAGUGGCAAGAUACAAUGGGUGGAGAUAGAUGGUCGGAACCUAGGAGACCACGCCUUGUUCCUUGGAUCCCCCGCUAGCCUCGUGAUGAAGCUGGACGGAGGCGGCGGGUGUGCCUACUUCGUCUUUUGGGGUGGCGUGUUUAGGUGCAGCUUUGUUGAUGGCGAAGCCAAGGCCGUGAAGUGGUUGCGUCCUGAUUGUCGUGCUGAUGAGGCAUGUGUGUGGCUUCGCCCCAGCCUAUCAUUUACUCCCAUCAAGGAAAUUAAAGAAAGGCUUGAGGCUCGGAACAACAUGAAAAGGGAAUAA